CCGCUACGGCUCCCACCCUCCGUAUUGCACAGAGCCGCUAGAGUACAGACGCACACAGCCGACUUCAGCUCGUCUCUGCCCGCAGCUAGCUAACCCCGCAGCAAGGCCACUGCGGGAAGAUGGCGACGGAGAAAACGAAACAUGAAGGAAGAGUGAAAAUUGGACAUUACAUUCUCGGAGACACACUCGGAGUGGGGACCUUUGGAAAGGUUAAAGUGGGCCAACAUGAGCUGACCAAGCACCAAGUGGCGGUGAAGAUCUUGAACAGGCAGAAGAUCCGCAGUUUGGACGUGGUUGGAAAGAUCCGCAGGGAGAUCCAGAACCUCAAGCUUUUCAGGCAUCCUCAUAUAAUUAAACUGUAUCAGGUUAUUAGCACCCCUACAGAUAUCUUCAUGGUGAUGGAGUAUGUCUCGGGAGGCGAACUCUUUGAUUACAUCUGCAAAAAUGGAAAGUUGGAUGAAAAGGAGAGUCGUCGGCUGUUCCAGCAGAUUAUUUCAGCUGUAGACUAUUGCCACAGACACAUGGUGGUGCACAGAGACCUCAAGCCUGAAAAUGUGCUGCUGGAUGCUCACAUGAAUGCCAAGAUUGCAGACUUUGGUUUAUCAAACAUGAUGUCAGACGGCGAGUUCCUACGAACAAGCUGUGGUUCUCCAAACUAUGCUGCUCCUGAGGUCAUCUCGGGAAGGUUAUAUGCGGGUCCAGAGGUGGAUAUCUGGAGCAGUGGGGUUAUUCUCUAUGCCUUGUUGUGUGGGACACUUCCCUUUGAUGACGACCAUGUGCCAACACUCUUUAAGAAGAUCUGCGAUGGGAUCUUUUUCACCCCGCAGUAUCUGAACCCCUCAGUUAUAAGCCUCCUUAAACAUAUGCUGCAGGUGGACCCCAUGAAAAGAGCCACCAUCAAAGAGAUCCGAGAGGAUGAGUGGUUCAAACAGGACCUACCCAAGUACUUGUUCCCUGAGGACCCUUCCUACAGCAACAACAUGAUUGACGAUGAGGCCCUGAAGGAGGUAUGUGAGAAGUUCGAGUGCACAGAGGAGGAAGUUCUGACCUGCAUAUACAGUCGCAACCAUCAGGAUCCGUUGGCAGUCGCCUACCAUCUCAUCAUUGACAAUCGUCGCAUCAUGAACGAAGCCAAGGAUUUCUACCUUGCGUCCAGCCCUCCCGACUCUUUUCUAGACGACCAGCACCUGACUUCAUCUGGUGCAGCUGUGACCGGCAUCAUCAAGCCCCACCCCGAGCGCGUACCCUUCCUUGUGGCGGAGACGCUUCCCAGGCCUCGCCAUACACUAGAUGAAUUGAACCCCCAGAAGUCCAAGCACCAGGGUGUUCGAAGGGCCAAGUGGCACCUGGGUAUCCGCAGUCAGAGUAGACCCAAUGAUAUCAUGUCUGAGGUGUGUCGUGCCAUGAAGCAGCUGGAUUAUGAAUGGAAGGUUGUGAAUCCAUAUUAUCUACGUGUGAGAAGGAAGAAUCCGAUUACUGGGAUGCAAACCAAGAUGAGCCUUCAACUCUACCAGGUGGACAGUAGAACCUACCUCCUUGACUUCCGUAGCAUAGAUGAUGAUAUGUUGGAGACAAAAUCUGGAACUGCUACCCCUCUUCGCUCUGGGUCUGUGGGCAACUACCGCACCACUAUUAAGAACGAUGUAGAUGGGGCAGACGGUCUGGCCGCGUCUAGCCUUGUGCACACCACCAAGGCCGCUGAAGGCUCCUUAGCUUCAUCGUUGACCUCAUCCAUUGACUCAACAGGAGGUGGGGACAAUGCAUCAGUCCCUCGACCAGGAAGCCACACCAUCGAGUUCUUUGAGAUGUGUGCAAAUCUUAUUAAACUACUUGCACGAUAGCUUGCAAAACAAUCGCUAGCCUUUUUUCCUCUGCGAGUGUCUUUUUUUUAUAGCAAUAAGCAUGCAACCGAUUCAUGGCUCAACUCAUCCCGGCUGAGGAUGAAGUGAUUGUUCCAUGGCACUGAUGCAGGUUAGUGUUCCCUAUGUGGAAGAGAUGUAUACUGAGCUGGCAAGGAAUGGAAGGGGUUACUGGUAACGGUGAAUGACAAGCUACUUAGUAGCUAGGAGAGAACAACAUUUUCGGAGGAGGUUUUACAAUUUUCUGAUCAAUUUAACAGCAGAUGUCCACAUCCCACCUAUACAUACAUGCUCAAGUGAUUACACUGAAUUUUCUGUACUGUAGCCAGUGAGCACUGCUUUUCAGUACAGAGACAGAGAUCAAGCUUUUGCCUGCAGAGAAGGAAGCUGCUCAUUUGUUUUAGUAUUUGGGUGGCAGUCGUAUAGGAUGCAGGAAGCACUUUUGCACAACUAUCUUUUAUUUCCUGCUGCUCUUGUAUUUCUCUCAGUGGGGAUCAGAGAUGGUGCAGAUGCAUCGGGGCACUGCACUGGCUAUAACUAGGGUUGUCACGCCCAUCACAUUCAUUGGACUGAAGAAGUGCAAUGACCCUUGUAUUCCUGUCUUGUGUCAGGGACAAAAGAAUGCCUCAUCAGAUUUGUUUGGUUUUAUUUUGGAGAAUUUGAGUUGUCAGAGACUAAAUUGUCAUGGUUUUGUCCUUGCUGUAAAAAUUUGUUUGAAUGUGUCUGUCCCCUACAUUUUUAUAUAUAAAGACAUGAAUAUAUUUAUCGGUGCGUUAUGUGGACGCAGUGUUGGUUCUAUUGGAAAUGGAUUUUUUUUUCCUUUAUUGCAUUAAGAUCUAUUGCUGGAUGGUAUAUAUUCCCUUUUUUUACUGUCUGGUUGUUAAAUCAAUAUCACAGUUUUGUUUCCUUCAAUCACGAUUCUUCUAAUACUUGAUUGUCUUUCCACAUAAAUAUAGCCUGCUUUUACCUUUUAAGAGGUAUUUUGCCAUGACAGUCAAAAUCUAGAAAUAUAUCAUUUUCAGUGUCGCAUAUUAAAAUGACAAGUUGAUUUUGACUUUUUUUGUUGUAUUUUCUGAUGUUUUUUUUUUUUAGAUUAAGGAUUAGAAUUUGAGUAUGAUUAUUGAGUGAAAUGCCUUUUGUCUACAUUCAAUUUGUAAAUGCCAAUCCAUCACAAGUGUAAAGACCUCAAGGGUCAAUUUGAAAAUGAGUUGUAGCAAUUACAUACAGUGCAUUGAAAAUGUGUACUGGUAAGCGAAUACAUCCAGAAUAUUGCCAUUUUUGGACAUACUUUGAGAGCCCACACAUUCCCUUGAAGGUUGACCACGAGGAAGGGUUUACGUAUGUUUAAAUCUGAAACAGACUUAUGAGCUUGGAACUGUAAAGUUCUGGGUAGAUUGCAUAGAAGAAGAAAAAAAAAAACAUCUCACACGUUGAGAUCAUUAAUAUGUGGCUUUAUAUUUUAGUUCUUUUUUUCGACAGAACCUGACACUUGCAAGCUCACAAAGUCCUGCAUAUGUGGUUAAUUUCAAGUAUGAUGCGUCUCCCUCCAUUUACUGUUCACAGUCUUAAAGUUUUAAAUGGUGUUUGUUGUUUGGCUGCCUUAUCACUAUCAGUACCGUUAAAUCAGUUUUUAUGUCCAUAAAAGUUUGACUUUAGUGCUGAUCAGAAUUAUUGGCACCCUUUGCAAUUGUAAGGGUUUAAAAUAUACAAACUUUCUUGUCAGUGUUGUUAAUUCACAAUUGCCAUUUGUUUAAAAUUAACAGAUCAGUCUUUCAUGUUGACAUCACAAAAAAAGAAAAACUUGUAACUGAAAAACUUAAAAAUCUGAUUAUGUCGUUGCCAAACUAUUGUAGACUUCAGUAACUGCUACCACUGCUUAAUUGUGGUAACAGGAAAACAAAUUUGAAAGCUAAACUGCUUUCUCGUGUCAUUAUCUUCAUUUUUCUCUUCAGUUAAACCAGAUUUUUAAGAAUUUUGCAUUAUUGCAACAUCAGACUCUUAAAGUCUUUUUUUUUUUUUUUUUUUUAGAGAUGUUAGCAGUUUCUGAAGUCUUAGUUUCCAGUGUUUAUCUCUUCACAGCAGCUUUAAAAACAACCUAAAAUAUCUCAUUUAUAUGAACAAUUCUAUGUUUCAAAAAUGUAAUUUAAAAAAAUUGCCAAGAGUGACAAUAAUUAUGAUCAUGUUGUCUCCUGCCGUCUUAUAAGGCAGAUUUGGACUGAAAUAUUUAGUUGAUAUUUCACCUUUAUGUCUCAGUUUUAAACUAAAGUUUAAUGAAACAUGCACUAUUGUCUUGGAAAGAUAUUGUAAAACUGAACAUUCUUAGUUUAAAGGGCAGUUGCAAGUUCUGAGUACAAAACUUUUCAUGAUGAGUUUAUUUAGGAGAGUUGAAUGCGUGAAACCGUGACCUUUUUGACAGCUUAUGGAGUAGUAUCCUAGUGGACUUUUAACAGAUACAUUCUGUCAAGUCUGUCUGAACUGCUUCAAAGAAAUGUUCUUCUAUUUUUGUUUGACAUGUAAAGGGACCCUACCAGAUGGACCAGUGUAAAUCUGAAUGGACAGUGUUGAAAUCAUUUGUAUACACAACUGCCUAAUAAACUGCUAAAUUGCA